AUGAAGUCACUUGGAGUUGAUCUCAAGAAAAUUGAUGAAUGCAUGGGUGAUCCAGAAGCAGAUGCUGAAAAUGCAGUCCUCAAGGCUGAGCAGCAAGCACAGAUAGAGAAAGGUAUUCGUGGGGAUGUGAUGAUCCUUCCAACUCUUGUAAUAAACAACAGAGAAUAUAGAGGUAAACUUGAUAAAAAAGCAGUUCUAAAAGCCAUCUGUUCAGGAUUUAAAGAGACCACAGAGCCACCAAUUUGUUUGAGUCAUGGCAAAGAUGUUGCUACAAGUGUUGGGUGGGGUUUUGCAUGGACUGUUGUUCUUGGUGUGGCCGCUAUUGGAGUUGUUGGAUAUACAUUCUACAAAUAUAGAGUUCGAAGAUACAUGGACUCGGAAAUCAGAGCUAUCAUGUCACAGUAUAUGCCAUUGGGUAAUGAAGGGGAGGAAAUCGAGAACCGGGCAUCGGUGGAGGCGGUGGUUGUGGGAGGAAGGGAUUUAAUUAUCGCCAUCGUCAAGAUCGGGACUCAAUUUGACUGUGUGCUUCAUCGAUUCAGCCGACCCUAUUCUCUUAGCCAUCAUCGAUUUCUCCCAGGUCUCCCUGCCUGGCAGACGUUCCCACACGCACAUACCUCACCUGAAGAUUUUGUUGAUGACCCUGGUGCUGUUCUGGAGAACAUGAAGGCGAAUCACAUUGGGAACAAGAGGUCACUAUUUUACCAGGCCUAUGCUCUUUAUUAUGAGAAAUUGAAGAAAUUUCCUGAUGCUGAAAAGAUGUAUCAUUUAGGAGUGCAAAAGUAA